UUUCGGAGGGUCUAAUUCUGCACCUUUGGACUAGGGGGUGUGUGUGUGACAGACAUGAGACCAUCUUGAGUGCCAGUUGCAGCAAUUCAAGACCAGGAAUCAUCAUGAAGUUGUUGUGGCCAUUGUUUUGUCUUUCCAUAUCAUGGUCAGUAUGCCGUGGACAGACGCCAGACACGUCUGUGUGUGAUCCUAAUGCUAACACAGGUCCUCCCAGCCCCCCUAUUCCUGAUCUGCCAGACUCUUGGCAUGUUAGGGUGGAGUGCAAUUUCGUAGACAAGAACAGAACAGUGGAAGUUGAAGAGUACUAUGAUAACACAGGAAACAGGGGGAAGAUCACAGAGUAUGAGAUUGGUAUAGGAGUAGAAGCCAUCUACAGUUAUGCUACCAAUGAAUUGAUUCUUGUAGUACCCCAGACAGAGGUUGGCAACUCAGGUCCAGGCAGAAAUUGUCAAAUUCAGCCCAUCAGCUCAAGUGACAACAACUUUCUGUUUGGCUACAAUGGUGGUCACAUAUUUUCCACCAAGUCGGUCCUCACAUUUGGUGGGGGCAAGAAUGCCCAAUAUUUAGGCAAAGACAAAGUGCGAGGUAUCAUUGUGAACACGUGGCAAGGUUGCGUUUAUUUACAGCAACAGCAAAUGACAGCUAAUGUCACCUGGUAUUUUACAGACAAAAGCAGUUGGACAAUGGCCAUAGGAGCUGAGGAACUCCCAGUACGCAUAACAACAAAAGGCACUGUGGUUAAAAAUGGCCAGAGUGUACCAUUCGAUCACAUAUAUGAUUUUGUGAAUUUUCAGCCGGCUGGAGUUUUUCCAUUUGGAGAUGAAGUAUUUCAGACUCCACCAGGAGUUGUUUGUGCAGGCAGGAAAGGAACCAAACCGUUACCUAAAAUGCCAAGCUUCUUCAGUUUUACAGUAGAAGCUAUACAGAAAAAUUCUCAGACCUAUUCUUAUAUCAAGGAGUACUAUGAUUACAAUGCUCAAAUUGUGAGGUAUGACUAUCGAGACUUACCAGUAGGGGACAUGGACGGUGGCAACCCUCUCUCAGAAAUACAUGAUUUCAACACUGGGGUGCGCUAUAUAAAAGAUCUGUUUCAAGGCAGCUGUUCUUUAGACAUCUUAGACCCAUCUGGAUUUGAUGCAAAAAGUGCCGGCCCCUCCACUGUGCGAAUCCGAUCCCCCAGUGAAUUCUUUGGUUUCAGUGAUCCCAAGAGUAAUUUCACCUACACGGGCAAGAGAAAAGUCCGUGACAUUGAUGCUGAUGUGUGGAUUGGUGUGAGACAAGACUGGCCUACAGGGCUUAACUUUACUUCUUACUGGGAGUGGUCCUUUGCUCAGACCAACUGGACUCAGUACAGUGGAAAACUUGCUGAAGGUGGAGAACCAAUUAGAAUGGAAGUUAAUAUCUUGGAGGAUCCUUCUACUAGCAUUAUCUACAACAUACUUGACUUCAAUGAGGAGGAGCCUUCUUUAUUGCUGUUUGACGUGGGUGUAUGUUACACUGGCCUGAAACACGCCAGGAUACAGUUUGCAUUCCCAGGAUCUUAUUAUGACCUUGUGCAGAAGUCAAACUUGGCAAACUUCCAGUAUGCUGUCAUGGUCAGCCUGAUAGGGACUGCCACUGUGUCCCCUCUCCGUAUCGAUAAUCUUCAGGUUGAUUUUGAUGGUGAAAACAUAAUGGUCACUUUCCGCAUGCUGGACAAGGCUCCUAUUAAGGGAGAUGUGGUCAUGAAAGUUCAAGAGGUGGACUUGGAUGUUGCAGUGUCCUUGCUGACCACUGCCAUAAGCAAAGGCACUUUUACAGUUCUUAUUGACACUGACACCCUUGGAAAUUCCAGGCUAAUUGCACCAAUAAUUAGCAGUCUGAAAGUCAGUUGGGUCAAUCUUGGUCCUGACCUCAAACCUCCAGCUGGUGGAGAUACAACUGUCUGCGAUGCCAGUGCCGUUAAUGCAAAUGCAGGUCCACCACUUCCUACUUUACCAAACAGAUUCAGUACCACAGUCCAGUGUAAUUUCCUCAACCGCAACAAAACCAUUGAUGUGGUCGAGUACUAUGACUUUGAUGCCAACAAGGGUGUCAUGUAUGAGUACUCAUUUGAUGACAAAUUACAGGCCAUCUUCAGUUAUGACACUAAUGAGCUCAUCGUGGCAUUGGAGCGUGAUGGAAUAUGCACAGUUCAGGCCUUGAAUACCUCCCAAGAGCUUUUCAUCUUUGGCUACAAUAAAACAGGUGGCUCACACGCCCAUAUAUUGUCUGUGACAUCUGUAUUGCGGUUCGGGGGUAACAACAAGGUGGAAUAUCUAGGAAAAACCACCGUGAGAGGAAUUCUAGUGGACCACUGGUAUUCCUGUAUUUAUUUCCCAGAACUGAGGGGGACCAUGAGAGUGGAUUGGUACUUUUCAGAUCCAAAUGUGUGGAACAUGCCCUUACAAGGCAAGUCUCUCCCAGUAAGGCUGUACGUAAAAGGCAAAGUAUUUGACCAGAAUGGUGUGCCAAGAGAGUUCCAGCAUAUAUACGACUUUGUCAAAUUCCAGCCAAAUGACCCUUUCAGUAAUGAAGUGUUUCUGACUCCGCCAGGAAUGGUAUGCCCAGGAAGAGUUAACACCAGGCCCCUACCUACGCCACCAGACUACUUUCAGUUCUCCAUUGAAAUUAUAUCUCCCAUUGCUAAGACGUUCACCUAUCAAAAGGAGUGGUAUGAUUUUAGGAGCAACCUUGUUCGCUAUGACUACAGACCUCUCAGUCUGGAUUUGAUCCAGCAGUUUGGAUUCAACCCAUUGAGUGAAGUGCAUGACUUCAACACAGGCGUGAGGUAUGUGAUAGACACAUUCCAAGGUAACUGCUCCUACUUCCCACUCCAAACAGUUGGCCUUGACAUUACCAAGGUCAGUCCCACUGAAGUACGGAUCCGGACGCCUCAGGAGUUCUUCAACUAUAACAAUGUCUCAGUGCCCUAUACCUACACUGGAGUGAGAAAAGUUCGUGACAUUCCAGCAGAUGUGUGGAUUGCUCAGAGGAAAGGAUAUCCUGGGAUCUGUGAUGACUGCACCACUGUGUGGGAGUGGUAUUUUGCUGUUUCCAACUGGACCCAGUACAGUGGGAUGGUCAGGGAAGGAGGUGAGCCGAUCAGGUUGGAGGUGACCAUCAAGCAGAACCAAUUCAAACCAGAUACUGAUGUCCAUCUGAUUUACAAUGUGAUGGACUUUGACGAGAGUGAGCCACAACUUUGGACCUUUGACAUUGGAGCUUGCUAUGAAACACUAAGCAAAGUUUAUUUCAAGAUAGAAUUCCCAGGUGAUUACAAGACCCUUGUCUAUGGUUCCAACCUGAUAAACUUCAAAUAUGCCCUUUUGCUCACCAUCCAAGGGUUUGCUGUGGUCUCACCACUCAGAAUAAACAAUUUGGAGGUCCACUACAACUACAAAACCAUAGUGGCCACCUUCACUCUACUGGACAAGGCUCCCAUAAAGGGCGAUGUGAAGAUGAGUGUUGAUGAGGUAGACCUGGACGUAGCUGUACAGAACAUAGUCCAAGCAGUGGCCAAAGGGCAGUUCUUUGUUCCAGUGGACAUCGACACUGUGGCCAAUAGCUUCAAUCUGUUUGCCUUACAAGAUAAGUUGGUUGUUAUACCUAGAUAUGCCAAGGGGUCCAAGCCCUCCACUGCUGGUCCUGAUCUUAGUGUUUGUGAUCCUUCAAAAAUUUACAAUACACCAGGCCCAUCAUUGCCUGUGCUGCCAGAUAAAUUUUACACAUCUGUCCAGUGCAAUCUAUUCAACAAGAACAAGACGGUAGAGGUAGACGUGUGGUACGACUUCCAAGGCAACAGAGCCGCCAUGGCCGAGUACGAGUACGAUGACAAGCUGCUGCUUAUCUACAACUAUGCAGAUGAUGAGAUCAUUGAAAUAAUCACAAAAGAAGAUAACCUAUGCUCGGUCGAGAAAAUCAGCACGUCCCAGUCGAGGCUCCUCUUUGGUUAUAACACCACCAGUGGCAAAGCACACAUCAAUAACCCCUAUGCAGUCUUUGCCUUUGGUGGAGAUAUGCAGGAGAUGUAUAUGGGGAAGACUGUGGUGAGGGGAAUGAAGACGGAUCACUGGCAUGGGUGCACAUACAACCCCUAUUCCAAGUACACUCUUAGUGUGGAUGCAUACUUUUCAGACAUUGCCAACUGGCAAACUCCUCUAGGCCCUGCCGUACCAGUACGUCUGUAUAUGCAAGGAUCAGAUCAGAGUGGACCCACACCACGCUACUUUGAACACACAUACGACUUCUCCAAUUUUAAGCCGGCAACAGACUUCCCGUUUGGUGAUGAGCCAUUCCAGGUACCAAAGGGAACAAUUUGUCCAGGAAGAGUGAACAACAAGCAGUUUCCACCACUGCCAAACUACUUUAGUUUCACAUCAGAGGUGGUUGCUCCAGAGUCAAAUACUACAAGUUUUCUUUACCAAGCUUAUGACUAUGGUGCCCGUUUGGUGCGUUACGACUACCGCGCUCUCCCUGGUGAUGGGAAUCCCUUUGGUAACAAUCCACUAUCAGAGGUCCAUGAUUUUAAUACUGGAGUACGUUACAUCACAGAUACCAUCAAAGGGAAUUGUUCCGUUCGUCCUAUCUCUUCCACAUCUUUUGAUUCUGUGAAUGCGAGUGCAUCUACUGUAAGGCUUAGGACUGCACUGGAGUUCUUCGACUAUGACAAAAAUGUCAUAACAUAUAACUACCAAGGAAAGCGUAAAGUACGUAAUAUGGUUGUGGAUGUGUAUGCAGCCAAGCGCACCAACUGGCCUCCCAUAUGUCCUGAUUGUACCUCUAUAUGGGAGUGGUCCUUCCAAAGUCCGGAGUGGACCCAGUACAGUGGGCGUCUGGAUGAGGGAGGAGAACCUGUCAUGAUAGAGAUCAAGCUCCCUGAAUUGAAUCUUCACUACAUUUAUAACAUAAUCAACUUUAAUGAAGAUGAACCUUCUUUAAUGGAGUUUGAUAUAAGUCAGUGCUAUUCAACAAGAAGAAGGCAUUUCCAAUUUGAAUUGCCAGGGGAGGGCAAACCUUUGGUAGAGGCAGUUGGAAUCAAGGUGUUCAAAUAUGCAGUAAUGCUAGGAGUGGCGGGACAGUGCGGCAUAUCAAGUAUUAGAGUCACUAACAUUGUGGUGGAUUAUGAUACCAAAGAGGGGGUCCUGGUGUAUUUUACCAUGCUGGACAAGGCCCCAAUCACUGGAGAUGUUCCAGUGAAAAAACCAGAAGUCGACCUGGAUGUGGCAGCAGAAAUAUUCACACUGGCCAUCAACAGAGGGAAUUUUUCAAUUCUGCUGCUGAACUCCACAAAUGCCUUUAGUCUGUAUGCUAAGCCUUACUCAAUAAAGGAGAAUGAACGGGCAGCAACAGCGAGUCCAGUAGUGCAACAAGGCUUGACUACAGGUCAAGCCACGGGUCUUGCCAUCGGAUUGUUCGUGCUCGGGAUAUUUUUAACUCUAGCAGUGGUUGUGUUGGUCUUUAAAAUGAGAAGCGGAUCUGGCAUGUUUUCACCACAGAGACUAGACGAAGUGGAGCUCCAUCCAUCAAACUAAAACAAACAAAGAGAUAUUUCAUCCUGAAUUUAAUUAAAAACCACAACACGGACGCAUUGCAGCAAGCAGAAUUCAGCAAGGAAGACAUUGUGUUAGUUGAGAUGGAUCAACCAACACAUUUUAGCUCAGGCUAUUUUUUUUUCGGCGAACGGGCGUCGCGGACAAUUUUGACUCCAGUGUUUAUAAUGUUUGACUGGAACGAUGCUGUUACUGAAGCACUGAAAUGGUAAUAAUUUUAUAGUCAUUAUAAUGAUCACAAAAUACUCUGGUAAUAUAUAUGGUAAGGAAUAAAUUUUCCAGGAAUUGUAAGAUUUUGUACAAAAAUUUCGGUGUUCCUAAAUGUUGUUAAAUGGGAUAUUUUUUUACGUCACGUCUACAUUUAAAA